GUUUUCGACACGCGUUUUGAGCGUGUUUUCUGAAACAGAAACUGCUUUUUCGGUCCGGAAACGCCGCUCAUACUAUCCUGCGCCUCGACCCAGCUGUAUAUACACCCCAGCGGUCCCGCCGGGGACUCGCUGCGCUGUUCGUCUGACCCCACACGCGGCCGAAAAAGGAGGGCGUGGAGGCGGAAUUUUUACAGUUUUAAAAGGAUUUUUGAAGGCGUCCUUCAUGAUCCCGAGCCUGUUUGAAAUAAAGGAUCGAGGCGAUCCCCGUCUCUGUCCUGUUCUCCUCAAGUAGCUUUCAACGCGUACGCAGCGAGGCGGUCGAUUCGUCGAUGACGGCGGUCAACCGCGGAAAGGCUUCUUCUUUUUCAUGUAGGUAGUAUUUUGUGUUUUGAGUCCCUUACCAUAAAAACGUUCUUUUCUUCUCUCCUGCUUGUCUCGGUUGAGAGUCACAGCCUCGCCGCUACGCCUGACGCCCUCCCGCCCACGUCGUCGCUUCGACUUUGCAUAGUCCUCCGACCACCGUUUCCACUCGUUUCUCCGUUUCUCUCCGAGCCACAGGGCGUCUUUCCCGCCUAUCGUGUCGCCAAGAAACCUCUGUUAACACGAUGAAGAAGAAAAGCCGGAAGUCGGUGGAGGCCACCGCUGCGGAGCAGGAUCCGGAGUGUACGUACACCGAAGAGAAAAGCUCGCCAGGUGACGCGCGGUGUACAGACACUGCAGCGAAGCAGAGCGGAAAAAAGAAGAGGGGAGAAAACCAAGAGAGGCUUCUCGAGGAUGGCGAGACGAAGGCUGCGAAAUGUCGGCGCUUGCGACUUGGAAAAGACACUCUGCGCUCGACUUCGCCCAGCGUCGCGUCCUCCUCUGCCUCUUGUUCCCCUUCUUUUCCCUGUUCUCCUUCGUCUGCGCCUGCUUCUCCUUCCUCAAAGAAGAAGAAGGCGCUUGGCAGCGAACGAGCUUCUGUCUCUGAAGAGCGAUUUAGGGAGGGAAAGCGAGAGAAACCAUCAUGGGGAUUGGCAGGAGGCAGCCUUGUCCACCGAGCCUCAGUUUUCCUCUGUUCCGGCAAGGUUCUUGCCACUCCCAGGGGAGAAACGUUUACAGGCGAGGCAGAGAACGCGGUCGACGCACGCACCAGAGAACUCUGCUUUUUUUCUGCAAAAUCUGGAAAGCUCCUCUACGUCACUCACGGCCACACAGACACGAUCACCUCAGUCAUGGCUCUUCCGCCGAACCCGGCUCCCCGUCUCCCGUCCUCUCUGGCGCUCUCUGCUUCUCUCGACCGUUCGCUCUGUCUCUGGACUCCUCCCGCGCACCCUAUCUCUUCUGGCGAGUAUCUGCUUCAUCGGCUUCACGUGGGCUCCCCGAUCUUGGCGGCCGCCUACGCUCCUGGGUCGCGCGAAGUUUUUCUUCUCGUGCAAGGCGAAUCGCUCUCCGGGGACGGCACUGCUUCCCGCCGCUCGCCGACCUACGGUGUCUGCGUACUCUCUCUGGGUGAGGUGCUGUCGCCGCCCGCGACGAGCCAGGUUUCUGUGUCUGGGCCGCCGCAGUUCUGCCUGUCCCCCGAAGUCCUUUUCUCUUUCUCUCUGCCCCCGACUUCGUUCUGCGUGAGUCAGAGCGGCGCGUUCCUCGCCGCCACUGCAGGGAAGCGUCUGCUCCUCUUCGCGCGGCAGCUGAAUCGCCUGUUGACUCUGCGACACGUCGACCGCCUUGUCCAAGUGUCGAUACACCCGACGGACGAGUUCGUGGUGGCGGGAGACCGGAUCGGCCGGAUCCUCGCAUUUUUCUGUCUCGCGGAUCUCAACAACUUUCUCUCCUUUGGCGUGGAUGUGAGCGAGUCGAAGUUGGAGAAUGCAUGCGACUCGAAGACGCACGCGCCUUCAUCUCGACGGCUUUCCGCCGCGGUGCUUCCUCCUCCUGUCAGUCUCGUUGCCUCUGCUCUCGGCUCCGGUCGGGCCUCCAACGCCCUUCCGGACGCCGCCGCUUCGGGGAAGAAGAGCGUCGGUCUGCCUGCUUCUCUGUCUCCUGUGAUUCUCCACUGGCAUGCACAUGCAGUGACGGCCCUCGCGUUCUCGGCCGACGGCUUGCUGCUGCUGUCUGGAGGCGAGGAGGGCGUCCUCGUCCUCUGGCAUACUCGCCAGGCCUUUCACCGUCAGUUCCUCCCGCGCCUCGGUGCCCCGAUCUUCCACGUUUCUUCUGUCUCGUCUCUCGGCGCUUCCGGUGCUCGGGACUCGGCGCCGCGCGACGGCGAGGAACGGGUCGCUGUCAGCUGCGGGGACAACUCUGUGAAGCUCGUGGACCUCGUUCGCCUGCACGUUGCCGCCGUCAUUCAAGGCCUUGAUCUCCCUCUCGCGGCGUUCGCCUACUCGCCCUCUCUGUUCUCCUCCACUCAGUUCGUCUCUUCUCUCGCCUCCUUCCCUUCUGCUCAGACAGAGACAGGUCCCGGGACCGCGGAAGCCGCAGCCACCUUCGUGUGCUCUGCAUGCAGCGCCUCGGGGCGACGAGCACUGAAGCAGGUUGCCGAAGCCGACAGUGAAGGCGAGAGCCUGCCUGCGUCGACGACUGAACUAGGAAGUUCAAAACUGUGUUCCAGCUGUGGAGGCAAGGCACGUCUCGCCGCGCCGACGAAGAGUGUGCGUGCUUCUCCUGGGGUGUCGCCUCCUCUCCGGGCUCGCGCGCUCCUCGCCGAGGCGUCGCAGGCACUCGCACCCGCGCCCCGACGCUCUGGGCUUCUUCUCUCUUCGCUGCUGCCUCUCCCGCUCUCCCAGGCGAGAGCGCAAAGCGCGGAGAGACGACUAGCUGUGCCGAGCUUCUUGAGGCCUUUGCUCGAGAGAAAAAGAAGCGACGCCGGGGGAGAAGGCCAGCGCCUGUCUCCGAGCGCGGAGACAGAGAGACGGGGGCUCCUGCUGUUCAGUGGCGAUGCCUCACGCCUCCAGGUCUACGACGCGGAACGGGACAAACAUGUUUUCCAUCUCCCAAUCCGACCUCAGCGCAUGUACACCUCGCGCGUCGAUGACGCCUUCUCCGCCUGCCAGUGGGAGAUCCGCUUCGCCGCCGCAGACCUCUGCUGCAGCAGCUUGGCGGUGGUGGAGAGCCGCGGCGCCGCGACCGCGGCGCGAGGUGCAGAGACACGUCCGAAGCGCCGGCGCAUCGAAGACGUUGCUGUGCCGGACGGGCGGUGCCACAGCAUCACUUUCUGGGUCUAUGAGGGCGAGAACGUCGCGAACGGGGAGGACGGUAAAUUCUCCGUCAAAACGCGAACUGAUGGAUUCCAUGUCAACGAGGUCACUGCGCUACAACCCCACACUCGAGAGCCGCGCUUCUUCUUCACCCUCUCCAUGGACACGUACUUCAAAGCUUGGCGGGAAGUAUCUCCUCCGUCUUCUUCCUCGUCCCCAUCGUUCUUUGCAUGCGUCUUAGAGGGAUCUUAUCGAGGCCUCGCGCCGCUUUCCUGCUCUCUUUCCCUCGACGCCUCACUCCUCGCCAUUGCUCAUGGGGGGUCUCUGAUCACUCUCUGGAAGGCCUCCUCGUUUGCUCUUUCUCACACGCUUCGUCUCCCACCCUCUGCGACUUUGCGCAAGAUGGCAGCUGCCUCUUCGGGCUCCUCUGCUCACACGGAUGCUGUCGCGCUCGGGCAACUCGCGGACGGAAGCGAAACGCGCGAGGAAGACGUGGAGGAGGUCUGCGACAAAGUCGCUCUCUUAGAGACAGCCUACGGAUUCUUCCUCGUCGCCGGAACCACAACAUGCGUCGUGCUGUACGACCUUCUCUCGCUUGCCAUAUGCUGGGUUAAGUCCUUCUUCGACGAGGGCGGCCUGGUCGACUUUCUGUUCGUGGAACCGGGUGGAGGCCCGCGUUUCGCCGUUGUUCUCGCGAAACUCACAGCGCCUGCAUGCACCAACAAGGACGACGAAGAGGAGACUCUUGUCGGAGAAACGGCCCGAGAACCGAACACAGGAGCCAGCGAGCUGAGAGCAUGCACAUCCUUCUCUCCCUCCCACGAAGUGUCUAUCUUCACUCUUUCGAGCCGCUCCCAGGGUGCCACGGAGCUGUCGGAGGGGAGGACGAAGAAAACGAAGAAGGGAGGAAAAGCUACGAGCGAGCAUGGAUGCGAACUGCCGCUGCUGCCGCGCGUGGGUCCUCUCAGAUCUGCUGGUGCCGAAAACGCCGCAGAGGGCGCCGGACAAGGCGACAGUGGGGUGUACGUACACUGCAUCUGGGAACAAGAACGAAGCCGUCUGGGCGACGCUGUUUUGUCUGGUUGCUUCCUGCCUCCGGCCUCUUCGCCUCUCGAUGUCGCGAAAGCAAAUGCACCCGACGAAAGUGUGCUGAUGCUGCUGAAUGCUCGGUUCCAGCUGGAAACGAUUCGGGUGCCUGCAGGCACUGUCUCCCCGACAGACGUGGGUGUAUGUACACGCCAGGGACCCGGGGAUGUCGUUGAAGAGCCCGAUGAGGAGCCCCAGCAGCCGCUGAGAAAAGUGCAGCAGCUUCUGCAAGUCGAGCGGGCGAAAGCGAGCAGAGCAGCUGAGGCGGCAUCUGGUGACAGUGACGACGAGCGUAAUCGGCUGGCCGCUUCGGCAGUCUCGGAUGUGGCGCCGCUCUUCUGCCAGGCGAUGGCCGCCGAGAAGGGGAAGCGAGACAAGAGUGAGCGAACGCGAGUGUUUACCGACUUUUCGGGAGAUUCCGCAACGCCCUCCCCCGGCGUGUUUUUGCAAAGACUCUGGGGUCGAGGACAGGAGGAGGACGACGACGACGAGUCGGCCGAAGGAGAGAAACUCUCGUCUCAGCUACUCGCUGCUACAGAAGACCGCGAAGAAGUGGAACUUGGACCAAACAAGCAGAAACGCAACUGCGCAAGAGAUGCUGAGCUCGACAGGCUCAAAGAGGAUGCAGAAGCGCUUCGCGCUCGAGAAGAGAACAAAGCAGCGAUCAAGCGUGCGCCCAAGCACCUGCUUGCCUCUCUCGUUGCCACUAUGGAGGACAGCGAGGACUCGGACUGAGGCGGCAAACAUCUCUGUUGCGAUAGGGGUGUUGUGGCGACUUGUUCCUGGACUUCUUUCUUCUCGAGUCUCUUUGCCUCACCUUCUUCUCGGUUGUCGCCCCUCCAUCGGCCCUUCCAACUUCGGACUGGCAAUUAAGAGGGAAGGACACCGGCUCUGGCCUGUCCAGGAACACCUGGAUCUUUUACGCGCUCCUCAUUCCCUCUUGUACCUGUGUUUUCUGUAUUCUGGGUCAAGCGUGUGCACCUUUCGCCUUUCUCUCGGCACAUUUGAACGCUCUGACGAGCUUCCAAAAAUGUAGAUUUUCUGCCUCAGUCCGGCGAUGUGUGGGAGGCGGAGUGCGCACGGCUUCAGUGUCUUCUAUUAUAUGUUCUGUGGGCGCAGACUUUUGUGGUCGAAUGUCACUACAUCUCUGAGAGUAUCGCUUCGUUGAUGGUCGGCUUCUCCGUGCAUUCUCAGUUGACGAUCAGCAGGUGUUUCCCCUGAUACUGUUUUACCACAUGCUCUCGUCUUGGUCGCCUGUCUCGUGGGUUCACCUGUUUGCCAGCGUUCGUCUCUUCAGCGAUCUCUUCUCUUUCUCUUCUUCUUGCGCAAUCAAAAGGCAGAGAACUUUCCCCACUUUCUCUCGUCCGUGAGAGACGGAACGG